UUGCCAGCGAACGGGCGGAGCCAGGCGGAGCGGAGCGCGCCGCCAGUACCGUGCUUUGGUCCGAGAGGGAAAGACGUCGUCGCGUCUCUCCAAAGAGUCACUUGUUGUUUACAUUUGAGUGUCACAGUGUGUGUCACGCUGUAACAUAAUCCGUUGCCUAGCAACUGGGGACGCCGCGCCUCCACCGCCUCUCUAAAAGGAUUACUUGAAGAAAUCGACCGGCAGUGUGUGCCCGUGUGUGUGUGUGUGUGAGCGCCUUGUUUUGCGAAGAAAGAAACCAAGUGAACAUUCCAUCGGAGUCGAUCGGAUCGGAAUGUGAAUAAGUGCUAAAAAGUGAUUCAAUUUGGACUGUCGCUUGUUGUCUGUCUGACAGUUCCAACAAGUGGUUCAAGCAAAUUAGUGGAACUGUUGCUGUUUGUCUGCGGUUUGCCAGGCUAAAACUGGACUGUCCCGCGAUACCCUGCUCGCAACCGAGAGCGUUCCUGUCAUCCCCACCAGCGCCUUGUCGAGCUUGUCGGCGGCGCGACCUGUGUUCGGUGUUCGUCCAAGAAAUCGCUGCCAGUGCGGCGGCAGUGUCUCAGUUCGCCGAGAUGGCCGGGCCCAGGACUUUCGACCUGACCUAGGCGCGCCUAGGCGGGGGACUGUGGUGAGGAGCGCGGGGCGCACGGCGCGAGUGGAAGGAAAAGUGAGGUUAUGUGUCAGUUGUGAUCGGCGAAACAGCCAAGUCGACGAAAUGGGCGUGCACAAGACCGUGGAGCACGAGAGCGGCUACUUCGAGGAUGAGAACUCGGACGACGACGCCGUGGUGCACGGCGGGGGCGUGUGCGGACUAGGGCACCUGGGGCGCCGGGCCAACCCCGCGGCCACCCCGACGUCCACCAUGUCCACCUGUGACGCCCUCAACAACAAUGUGGCGCCGGGGCAGGACUGUUGCCACGCCAUCAGGCCCGCCAUUGACAGAGUCAACUUCAGCAGCGCCCACCGGGUGGACAUGUCCAGCUUCGAGCUGCUCAAGGUGUUGGGCACUGGAGCGUACGGCAAGGUGUUCCUGGUGCGCAAGAAGGGCGGCGCCGACGACGGCCGCCUGUACGCCAUGAAGGUGCUGAAGAAGGCCACCAUCGUGCAGAAGAAGAAGACGACGGAGCACACCAGGACGGAGCGGCAGGUGCUGGAGGCGGUGCGGCAGUCGCCCUUCCUGGUGACGCUGCACUACGCCUUCCAGACGGACGCCAAGCUGCACCUCAUCCUAGACUACGUGAGCGGCGGCGAGCUGUUCACGCACCUGUACCAGCGCGAGCACUUCACGGAGGACCAGGUCCGCAUCUACAUCGGGGAGAUCAUCCUGGCGCUGGAGCACCUGCACAAGCUGGGCAUCAUUUACCGGGACAUCAAGCUGGAGAACAUCCUGCUGGACUCGGACGGGCACGUGGUGCUGACCGACUUCGGCCUCAGCAAGGAGUUCCUCCCGCACGAGAAGGAUCAGCGCGCCUACUCCUUCUGCGGCACCAUCGAGUACAUGGCGCCGGAGGUGGUUCGCGGCGGCUCGACUGGCCACGAUAUCGCCGUGGACUGGUGGAGCGUCGGCGUGCUGACCUACGAGCUGCUCACGGGGGCGUCCCCCUUCACCGUGGAGGGCGAGAACAACACCCAGACUGAAAUCAGCCGGCGCAUCCUCAAGACCAACCCGCCCAUCCCGGACGGGCUCUCCUUCGAGGUCAAGGACUUGAUCGCCAAGCUGCUGGUCAAGGACCCCCGCAAGCGGCUGGGCGGCGGCGAGCACGACGCGCUGGAGCUCAAGAAGCACCCCUUCUUCCGCAGCCUGGACUGGGUGGCGCUGUCGGAGAAGCGCGUGCCGGCACCCUUCGUGCCCCGCAUCGCCGGCGAGCUGGACGUGAGCAACUUCUCGGAGGAGUUCACGCGCAUGACCCCCACCGACUCGCCCGCCGUCAUCCCGCCCAACUUCGACAAGAUCUUCAAGGGCUAUUCCUACGUGGCGCCGUCUGUGUUAUUUAGUGAGAACGUCGUCAGCGACGAUAUCUUCAACCAAACCAAAAGGCCCAGUCCCACAAGUCUGACCCUGCCCUGUAUUAAGGACUCGCCUUUCUUCCAACAAUACGAAAUCGACUUCCGUGAGGGCAUUCUUGGCGACGGCACCUACUCGGUGUGCCGGAAAUGCCGGCACCGCGAGACCGGACAGGAAUUUGCCGUCAAGAUUGUGAGCAGGAAGACGGACUGCACGAGGGAGAUCAACUUGCUCCGGGCCUGCCAGGGACAUUCCAAUAUAGUUAGACUGUAUGAAGUGUUUUAUGAUGAGGCUCACACCUACCUAGUACUUGAGCUUUUGCGCGGCGGCGAGCUGUUGGAAAGAAUAAGGAGACAAGCAAGAUUCACAGAAAGCCAAGCUAGUCGGAUAAUGUGUAGUCUAGUUGCCGCAGUGAAUGAAAUGCACUCUCGAGGAGUAGUACAUCGUGACCUGAAACCUGAGAACCUACUCUUCACUGAUACUUCAGAAAACUCUGACAUUAAAAUAGUAGAUUUUGGGUUUGCCCGCCUGAAGCAAGAAAAGGAAGUCCUCACCACUCCUUGUUUUACUCUGCAUUACGCGGCUCCAGAAGUGUUGAAACAAGCUUUUGGAAACUCAGCCUCCAAUAAUAGUACCAGUGCAACUUGUGACAACAAGGGCACCCCUGUAAGCCAACCCUGUAGCGAAGGCUAUGAUGAAAACUGUGAUUUGUGGAGUUUAGGUGUGAUCCUGUAUACCAUGCUCUCUGGUCGUGCACCAUUCCACGCGAGAUCCAGGGACCACAGUGCAGCAUCUAUCAUGUCCAAAAUUAAGGAAGGAGACUUCAACUUCAAUGCCGAUGCCUGGCAGAAUGUCUCUAGUGCUGCCAAGCAGCUCACUAAAGGCCUUCUGACUGUGGACCCCAAGAAGCGCCUCCGUAUGAGUGAUCUCCGAACCAAUGAGUGGAUCCAGGGGUCUGAGCGGGCGGGCUUUGCCACUGUGCCUCUCAUGACUCCCGACGUCCUCACUACUGGCUCCUCAGCUCGGUCCGCCGAAAUUAACGUAGCCCAGAUUUUCUCUGCCUUCCACCAAGCUCACCGCGAGGGCUUCAGAUUACAGGACGUCGUGAACGCCAAGCUGGCGCAGAGGCGACGCAACAAAAAGUCAUCACUGGACAACCGCAGCUUCUCGACGUCGAGCACCUUCUCCAGCUCGAGCUCGUCUGGGACGUCCUCCAUCCAGACGCCCGUCAAAGUGGCCUCCUCGACGGAGUCCCCGGCGUCGCUGUCGGCGUCGGCGCCCUCGACCGCCAAGUCCCACGCGUCGCUGUCGCAGUCUCACGCCAGGCCGCGCGCGGACCAGGGCGACAACGUGUUCAACUUCGGCGAGUCGCGGGUCCGCGAGUACCUCUCCAGCCUGUCCACCAGCCUGUCCUCGUCCUCCAGCGACCGCGACCAGUCGCUGUCCAUGGACUGCUGCUCGCUGGCCGCGUCGCCGCCCAGCCUGCCGGCCACGCUGGCGCAGGCGGAGACCCCCGUCCUGUCGCCCGUGCCCCCCCGCAAGAAGAAGGGGCGGCUGGCGGACCCGGAGCCGCAGCCCCAGGCGACCGACUCCGGCAUCCCCGCGGCCACCGCGUCCGCCCCGGCGCCAGCGCCAGUGGCGGCGUCCAAGGCCGAGUUGGCGACGCCCGAGGUGGUGACGCUCGGGGAUGCCGACGAGCGGCUCUGCGCACACUCAGGGGAGGUGGAGGAGGUCGCCGCCGAGGCCACCGUCUGCCACGGCCACCGGAGUAGGACGCGGAAGGGCAAGGAGAGGCCUCCGGCACCCGCCCAGGCCGAGGCCGAGGCCCCCGGCAGGACGAAGCGGAGGGACGCGUCGAGUGGCGCGUCGUCCUCCGCCACCAGUGCAGCCAGUGCAGUGAGUGACAGUGCAAGGCAGGGCCCCCUGACCAGGUCCCUGAAGCGCAAGUUGGCCGAGAGCGGCGCCAGCUCGGCGAGCACGAGCGAGGAGGAGCCGGUGCCGAGGAAGAGGACGGCGCGGACCAACACCCACUCGCACAGCCAACGAAGGGCCCAGGCCGGCCAGGCCGCGCAGGCCAAGGGCUCGAAGGGCGGGCGGCAGCGGCAGAAGAGGGAGCGCAUCGCCACCAUCGACCUAGACUAAGACUGCCUGCUGCCGCUCGGACGCCGAGAUGGCAGUGCGCGCGAGCGCCAGACCUAAAUACGAAGGCUGAUGACCCAGACUUAUUCAUGUGACUUAAGUAUAUUUACUCUGCAAACAGAAUAUUUGUAUGUCAGUUUUCCCAUGCCUAUUGUCCCCCCGUGUGUGCCGCACUGCCACGUCAUGAUGUUGGACCUGGAGUCGAGCCAUUCGCCUGGGAAUGUUUCUCUGUAGAAAACUAAGACUGCUGUUUUGUUUGUAUGGUGGCCUUCUCUCAAUCUGGAGAGGCAAAAUCAUCCUAUGAGGAGUCUUGUCUAUCUUGAUUUUAUGGCAGCCCAUGACACUAUGUCACGAUUGCUCCAAACCUGCAGCAUAUCUUGAAUUUAUUUAUCUUUUCUUGUCUUCUCCCUUGGUGUGUUGUCAAAAUCUUCAGUACUGUUCAACUUUAAUUGUUUUCUUAAAAUCAUUUCCUGUAUUAUUUUAAGUGUUUAGCUACUUCAAGGCCCGAUUCAUAUGCUGUAAGUGUAAAUUAACCAUUGGCACAAUUUGGAUCUGAGUAGAUCAACUACCAUCUCCUCUAAAGUCACGAAACUACUUGUUUAACACUCAAAGUACCUGUUCUUUUAUGUUCUUUUGACUCCAUUAAUGAGUAUUUUCUUGUUUUAAUACUAGUCGAAUCAGCACAAAUGGGGACCCUAGUCCCAUGGCCAAAUGUGUUGUGUAGCUUAGAUUGUUUUGAAGCGAAUGGUGCUGUGAGUAGUGCAUUGAUGCUUUCAUGUUUUAUUUGAUCACUUCGUUUAUACUGAAGGCCCUGCUGGCAAAGUAUAUGUAUUCUUUAAUGAGGUUUCAACUUUGUCUCUGCACCAGCACAGAGAACCAUCCAAUAAUUUAUGGAAAGUCAUUUCAUUUUCUCACCAUUCAAGGAGAUUAUGAACCUCCUGAGCUUAACUGAAGUAGAUCAACUCGUGAUAAUUAAAACAGGAAAAAUGAAAGCAGCCAAUAGUACUUCAAUAUUUUUAAGAGUUGUUAACGAUGAGUCAAUUUGAGUCGCUCAGAACUGAUUCCUGUUGUGUUAGCGGAUGCACAAUAUUGUAGGCGUUGGCUCAUGUAUGAUAAGAAAUGUUUGGAAUGGAUGUUACUGCUAUUUUUGCUGGCAAAGUGGCAGUUGUAACUAUCUGUCCCGACAUUAGAAAAUUGUUCCAAUUUCUCAGGAUACUUUACCUACGGUUAUAAAUUUAUAUAGGUAGUACACUUGUAGCCCAGACGCAUAUAUGAGUAAAUAUAUAUUAUAUAGAUAUAUGUAAUUCAAAUAUAUCUAUGAAAUCUUAUAACAUUUAUUCUAUUUAAUAGAGAAUUAUAUACUUUUAGUAAAAAUGUCUAUGACUUAAUAUUUCUAGCAAUUAAAGAGAUUUUGUUUUUGUUAUGUAUCAUUGUUAUCUGUGUACAGUAUCAGUGGAGGACCUAAGUCUUAUGUGAAAUAAUUUUAUGAAACUAUGAACUCAUGUUAAAGGUGCACAUUCAAAAUUGAUUGAAGUUAAAAUCUCAGUAGAGACUUGAAGUUGCGAGGAACUCAAUCUAAUUGAGACUAGUUCAGUUUGGCGGCAGCGAGUAUGUGUUAAUGUUGUGGUGGAAGUUUCUAGAAUUCAUAUUGUGAUGUUCUGUGUUGCAGGCUAUUGACCCUAAUUUUGCCAAACAAUGCUCUAGUCUUGUUUGUUAAAUUGGUGUGUCGGUAUGUAACAUUAAUUGUUAGCUGAUAGUUCUGAAAGAAAAGCCUCUUUAUCAGAUUCAUGCAAUGUAUUAUUAUGGAAUUUGAAGCAUGAGUAUCGACACUGAGUCAAGAAAACGUAGUUGGAUUUAUUCUGAAGAGGUGCAGCAUUUAAUUCGUUUGAAUGUCAGCUUUCAAUGUCAUAGACAACGUAUUUAUAAAAAUCCAACUUUCCCGAAAACGGUAUUGAAUACUAAAAAUGAUUCUGCAAUGACAGGCAGGAGUAUUUUAGUGGGCUGCAAGACCUGUCAUUUUCAGUAUUUAUAAUGGCCCACUAGUCAGCUAAGCGUUUUCACUGCCUUAACUGAUAAACCAAAUCAAUACCAUUUUUCAUUUUAGUAGAUCAUUUUAUUUUAAGGUAUUUUGUUUCUGUCAUUUUCAUUUUUUCCCAUUGCAUUUGUAGUUCCUUCUUUUGAAUUUAUAGGAUUCAAAUUGUCAUUAUUCAAGACUAACAAACUGAAGCAAUUGAUAUUUAUUUUAUGUAAUUUAAACAAUAGUAUUGAGCAAGGAAAUAAUCAAUCUCAGAUUGCAACUAGUUGUUUGUUGUUUUUUUGACACAUCAUACUGCCAGGUCUUUAGGGGCUUCAAGUGUUCUGUUUCUUUUUUGUUUCCAUUUUUUAAUCUUAAUUUUUUUAUUUUUAAUGAAAACAAUGGUUGACAUUCUGUCUAUAGUCUUCCCCAGGAUUGAUAAAAUUCUUCUUUCCACUCGCAAUUGCUUCUGUAACUUCUCUUUGUGAUUAGUGUGAAUGUGUGUGCAAAUGUGCCAUGUAUGAAUGAGAGAUGUGUGUUAUUUGCUUCAUUUACUGUCUUUAAAUUUCCUUCCUCUUGUUAUCAAAACUGUCCUGUUAAUUGUGUCAUAAUGUUGUUUUAUUUUGUUUCAAUGUAAAUUGUUAUACUAUUAGUCUCAGGAUUGUGCAAUAAAUCCCAUACUCGAUGGGCUGUUGGCUAUGACUCCAAAUCUGUGAAUGCUACACGUCAGUAUUGCAAUGGCGUGAUUGAAGAUGUGUGCUGCACCUGUUCAUUCCAUAAUCUGGAAUCAUUUUACCAUAAGAGAGCCCCUUCAAUCCUGCAAAGAACAAUCAACAUAUUUAUCAACAUGUUCAGCUUUUCAAACCCCGAAAUUGUGAUUUAAAAAUAAGAGUCAUGGCUUGAUAGCCCAUGUUUUACCUCCUGUAGAAAUCUCAAAAUUUAUAUUUUUUUUCCAUUUAGCAGAUAUUUGGCUGGCAAACUUAGACUUAAAUAGAUAGUGCUUCUAACUUAAUGUUGAUGUUGGUUGGUUGGAAACACUCAAUUAUCUACAGUAGAAAUGUUUGGACUUUUCUUUCUGCCGACUUAUUGUGUACUAGGGUGAUGCUUACCAGUAGAAAUGAUGAUGACUUUGAAAGUGAUGUGUUUUAUAUAUCUGAAACAAGUACUAAGUAAUACUUGGUGGGAUUCUAGUUUGUCAUAUCAGCCGUUGUUAAGGACUGAUGAAUAUUUAAAGGGAUGUUUUGUGAAGUGAAGUGCUUCUCUGUAACCAAAAAGAUAAAGAGACUGUGAUUUUGUUGUUGGAAGAGAAGUGAUUCUUCUGUAUCACUCGAUAUAAGUUAAAUUAAUGUACCCUUUGGCUGUACGCCUAGAAAAUGUGUGAAUUAGUAAAGAAAUUACUUGUAGUUUCUGCAGAAACAAAUCUUCUAUUCUCUUCAUAUUCUAUAAAAUCUUAAAAAUGUUAAGAGAUGGUAUUUAUUGAUUCCAUUGAUUGUAUCUAUUGAUGAACACAAGAGUAUAAAAUUUGUUACAAUUGUACAUAUAAAUGUUGGGAAAUGUUGGAAAGAAGUAAACCUCUAUAGAAUGAAAUGAAA